AAAUAAAAAGUUAAAGAAAUAGCUUCAUCUUUGUGGAGAAGUUGAGCAACUUGGUUCUACAAGAAACUUCUGUUUUUGGACAAAGAAGACCAGAAAAAGUGAAAAGUUGACACCGAAACAUCUACAACAAGGAGUAUAAUCAACCUUAAAAUCAGAAGAGUAGCAAAAAUGGCAGAGAGCAGUGUCUCUUUUCUACUACAGAAGCUGUAUGACUUGGUUUCACAAGAAGCCUCCCUAUUCGGGGCAGUAGAAGGGGAGGUGAGGCAGCUUUGUAAGGAGCUGGAGUGGAUCCGGCUCUUCCUGGAAUAUGCAGAUGGAGAGCGCAGAUACGAUAAAAGGUUCAAGCUGUGGGUGAAUCAGGUCAGAGAUGCGGCUUUUGAUGCUGAGGAUGUCAUUGAUGAAUUCAUGUUCAAGGUGGAACGCAAACGGCAGCAAAGACUCAAUAAUCUCAAGUUCCUCGACUUCUUGCCCGCAUGCCUUGACUUUGUUGACAAGUUACUGCUGGCACAUGAGCUCAGAGGUCGUAUAACAGAUAUCAAUACCACACUUGAGAAGAUCUUGGUUAAUAAAAAGAGGUACGGCAUCGAAUAUCCGAGAGCGUCUGAAGCUGGGAGUUCAUCUGAUCCUUGGAGCUACUCCAAUCAAAUGGUGACCAGGAAAGAAAAGAGGCUUCCCACUGUUGAAGAAACCAACGUAGUGGGGAUGAAAAAUGAUGUGAAGGCUGUAAAGGGAAAGCUGUUAGAGGAAGCAAUGGAAAGAGUAGUGGUGGCCAUCUGGGGGAUGGGUGGCCUUGGCAAAACAACUCUUGCCAAGAAAAUUUACAACGACAGCGAUGUUCAGCAGCACUUUGAUUGCCGUGCUUGGGUUUUUGUAUCUCAAGAGUAUAAUAUCCGGGAGCUUUUGCUCGGGAUCGCCAAUUGUGUCCCGACUCUCACGGAUGAACAAAAACGUAAAAAUGAAAAUGAGUUGGGAGAAGAGGUUAAAAAAUGUCUCCAUGGAAAAAGGUACUUGAUAGUACGUGAUGAUGUAUAGUUCACCGAUGUUUGGCAGAGCUUGAGCCAAUAUUUGCCUGAAGAAUUAAAUAAGAGCAGAGUGUUGAUCACUACUCGCAAUCAAGGAAUUGCUCUUUAUGCUCAUUCAGACUGCCAUGAACUUCAACGUUUGGGUGAAAAGGAAAGCUGGGAUCUCUUUCUCAACAAAGUAGGGAGUGAUGGUUUGGAGGAAUUCAAAAAGGAGAUAUUAGAAAAAUGCAAAGGUUUACCUCUUGCGAUUGUGGUUCUUGGAGGACUUCUAUCACUGAAAGAUCUGACACAACACUCAUGGCGGAAAGUACUUCAUAGCAAAGAUUGGCAUCUCAGUCAAGGGCCCGACUCCUGUUUGGGAGUUCUUGCGCUGAGCUAUGACAACUUACCUUCUUACUUGAAGCCCUGCUUUCUUUACUGUGGCGUUUUUCCGGAGAACUCAGAAAUCAAAACAAGUAAGUUGAUUAAAUUGUGGGUUGCUGAAGGAUUUGUACAAAAAA